GCGCAAACGAGGACAAACGCGUCGCGUCGGUAUAUAACCCGGCCGCCCGUCGUUUUCGUCUCUUCCCAUCUUUGCCCCCAACCGCCACAUCGCGUCCCCCACGCCCACCUACCCAACUUUAACCCUUCGCCAUGGCCCCCAAGCCCGCAUCGACUGCCGGAAAGGCACCCGCAUCCACCGCGUCCAAGGCGCCAGCCAAGGCGGAGAAGGCGGCGAAGAAGACGGCGUCCAAGUCUGCACCGUCUGGGGGAGCUGACGGGGAGAAGAAGAAGCGCAAGAAGACGCGCAAGGAGACCUACUCUUCCUACAUCUACAAGGUCCUUAAGCAGGUCCACCCCGACACGGGUAUCUCGAACAAGGCGAUGGCCAUCCUGAACUCGUUUGUCAACGAUAUCUUUGAGCGGAUCGCCACCGAGGCAUCCAAGCUCGCCGCGUACUCGAAGAAGUCGACGAUCUCAUCACGCGAAAUCCAGACGUCUGUGCGGCUCAUCCUCCCCGGUGAGCUCGCCAAGCACGCCAUCUCUGAGGGCACCAAGUCGGUGACCAAGUUCUCUUCGCAGGGUGCCAAGUAGUGGCAUUUCCUUGGGAUCUAUCUUCCGGUCUUCUGUACAUUAGCUGUAUUGUAUUCCUAUCUUAUUGCGCCUGCCACUGCUACGCCAUGCUUUAUAUCCCUCAUCCGAGUGCGACCCCCUCCGUCUCAGUCCCCUUCUCCCUCUGAACUCAGUGACGUUGCCGGUGCUUGCAGCUCACAGGACGAAGGCUGCGCACAGCACAAUGAGUAUCGUGGGAACUUACCAGUCCCUUGACCUUUACCUCAU